AGCCAAUCGAGACAGUGUCGCGCACACACCAGCAAUUGCACCAAGAACCAGCAUGAGCAAGCGCGUCAAGGUGCAUCUCCAGCACCAAGAGGCUUUUGACAGCACAGCUCCCGUCGUUGCGACAUUCCGCAACGGCCCGCCGCCUCCGAACCAGCGAAAGGACUUGGCCUUCGAGGUGUUUGAGAACCCAGCAAAGAAGCAGCGUCUGGUCAUCGCCAGCUCCGAAAAAGUGGCGUAUCAAGGUGCCAACUUCGGCUACUUGGGCUCCAGCCACGACUUCGCCAAUUAUGCGGUGGGCGUGUACGACAGGAAGACCAAGGAGGUCCGACUGUGCAAUGUGAACCAGGUCUAUGUCAUGCAACAGGCCAUCAAGAACGCGUCUGAGAACGUGGAUGACAACCGUGGAGAAGACAAGAGCUUCAUGGAGCAGCGUCGCGAUCUCGUUGAAGUUUUCGGUAGCAAGAAGAGCAAACGUAUGCAGAAGAACCGCGAAGAGAACAUUGUUAACCUCGAGAACAUCAGUGGCGCUGCGUCGGUGUCUCAAACCCUGCAGAAGAAGAUCUCGGCCGCGCAACGCAAGCUCGAGGAGGAACGUGCACAGGACGGAAGCUACACGAAGGAGGGAGCGGCGCUCGCUGCUACCCGUAAUGCUCUCCUGCCGCCGUGCGAUGUGGAUGCUCCUACACCCGACCGCGUCUACGACCUCACCAAGUUUAUGGAUAACAACGUUAUGGACUCGUUGACCAUCAUGGCUGAGGAGGUUAUCCAGGCCUUGCAGACUGCUAGUGUGGCUGAGUAUGCCGCUAGUUUGAACCUUGCGUCGCUGCCUACACGGCUGAUGCUGUCUCUGCCUGCGCCGUACGACGUGAACAAAAUGUGCCUCGUCGUGUACCUGGCCUACAUGAUCGACUUCUACAACUCGCGCUUCCCUCUGCGUAAAUCGGCCGCCGUAUUCAGUGAGGAAAAGGGCAUUCCACUUGUGAUUGUACGUCACUUGUUGAAGCUCUUUACGGAUAUCAGCGAGGGCGACAAUGGCUACCCAUCGUAUUUCCAGUCCAAGGCUAUGAAGGACAAACUCAGUCUGCACCUCAUCGUGGUGGCACUUAGUGUGAAUGGCUUCACUUUGGAUCUCACGGAGGUUGGCAACGAUCUCAAGAAAUCUUCCAUCCACAUUCAGGCAUACGCUCGCCAACUCGGCUGUGUCGUCGAGAAGGCCAAGGCGGACGCUGCCGUCUACGGCGGUGCGGCGUCGCUGGCAUCUAAGAAGCAGAUUUAUCGUGCUGUGCUUUCCGUGCCACUCCACUUCCCGCUCCCCAAGCGUGGGGGUCUAGCUCGUCGAUAA